CUACUUUCAUUCUCGUAACUUCCUUCUCCUCUUAAGAGUAUGCGGGUUGUUUAGACAAACAGCAUUCCUCUGCCACAAAGACCUAUGAGGAAACUGAAAGGAGUGUCAUUGACGAGAAAGAAAGAAAAAAAGUUCUGUAUUUAACAGAAACAAAGGGUGUGGAACUUUGUAACUGAGAUUGUUACUGACUCGAUCACGUACAAGUUGCAGGAUGUCUCUGGCAGUGUCUCAUGGCGAGGGGGUGACAGUGAUCACCAUCACCUCAAACCCAAAAAGCAAAUGGCCGAUAGUGUGUCAAAUCCUGGGCUCUUUGUGCCAAAGUCCAAUGUGUGCUGUAUCACAGCAUGUGAAAGCGAAGAUGAUGGGCAUCUAUAUGGCACUUGGGAUUAUGCAGAUUAUAUUAGGACUUCUCAAUCUAAUGACGGGGAUUUUAUUUAUGAGCUCUGGAAUACACGACUACAUUAUGGUGUCUAAUGCUCCAUUCUGGCUUGGUGGUGUGUUCCUUGUAGUUGGAGUGGUGUCUAUUGUUGCAGCUUGUUUUCCCAGCUAUUUUCUGCUGCUCGUCACUGUAGUGUUGAACAAAGUCAGUGCUGUGCUGGCUAUGAUAGGCCUUGCAAUGUAUGCAUGGGACUUAAUGAGCUUUAAGGUUUUUAUGCACUAUGACGAAAAGAACUAUGACAAGAUGAUCCGUGAAACACUGGAUAUCACUAUGAUGAUCUUUUCAGCUCUUCAACUCUGUGUGACCCUCAGUUUCUCUGUCUUGACUCUGAAAGAAUUGUGUGAAACAAAUUCUGUGGAGGACCCUCAACUUUACAAACCACUCAAAGAAGACGUCACUGUCAGUCAUGUAUGUUAGACGAACAAUGUAACAAAUUGAAUAUACAUUGUUAAUUGAACUAGUUUUGUGAUUAUAGAAGUACAA